AUGCUGGCCCUGACACACAUGCUCUCAUCAUCCCCAUCCCAAUCUCAUGGAUCAGCAUCAUUUGUUCCUGGAUCUGCCGGGAUUCAAUCACCAGCGCCUCAAUCACCAGCAUCCUCACAACCUCUGGCCACUCAAUCUACCAAUAUUACUACUACCACUACUAUUAGUAAUAACAGCAGCAGCAGCAGCAGUAGUAGUAGUUUUUCAACUGCCUCUCCAUUCCACUCGUCUUUCUUGGUUUCUUCUCAAAAGAUAGGAAUAAUGCAAAAUGAUCACAAUUAUGGUCUCCUUAGCACACUCAAACCUACCUCAAGUGUAUUGUUGAGUUCUGUCACUUCAGAUAUUUUAUUAAACCCAGCAACCGUAAUGGCAGCCAAUCGCCAGAAUAUUAUCGACAAAGAAUACGAACCGGUAAAAAUCCCAAAGGAUUUCUCCACAUUGGAUGAAGAUUCACACACAAUACACAGUCAGCGACAAGAGCAGCAGAGUGUGGUUAGUGGAAGAGUUUAUCAUGAAGAAGAAGACUUAUUGGCAAAGACACACGCACAGAAUGGAACUGGCCAUGGAACUGACCCUGGAACGGACAUCAUUAUCAACGUUCCAGUACCUUUUGAUGUGAAUCUCCAAGACGUCUUGGAAACAAAAGCAGCAACAAAAGAACAUUUACUAGAUAGCGUUUGGAAAAACAGGAUAUCCAAUCGAUUGGGAUUAUUUCCGGGCACAGCUGCUACUUCUCGUAACCUGAAUGACACAAGUUCUUUUACUAUACCCAAUAAUAAUACCAAUCAUGCCAAUGAGCCAACGGUAUCCUAUGAUCUGAUGGGAUUACUAGAAUAUAUGCAUCAUUCCAAUCAACAAUGGACAAUGCUUGGUCAAGGAAACGAUCCAAGUAGUUUUGGGCUAGACCUAAAGUCAUCCACGGAUCUUCAUACUACAUUCAUGUCUCCAUGGUACGACGCUGAUCAUGCUACACUCCACAACAUUCCUGUCACAUUCAAACAAAAAACCGAGUAUUGUAUUCCCAGUGUACGACCAAUACAACAAGUGACAGAAAAGAUGUCUUUGGAUAGUCUAUUUGUAAUGUUUUAUGCCAAUCCACGCGAUGCUCUUCAAGAACUUGCAGCCCGAGAAUUGUAUAAACGUCAAUGGAGAUUUCACAAAAACCUCCAAUUAUGGUUGUGCAAAGAAUCUGGCACUGAUUUGGUUGGACAGUCGGCAACAUGUGAACGAGGUAGUUAUCACUUUUUUGAUCCUACGACGUGGAAUAGUUUUCAAAAAGAGUACACGGUAAUGUAUGAUGCACUCGAAAUCCGUGACAAUGAAUGGUACCAACAAUAA